UUCAGUUCGCCUUCAACUUUGCUCCGCUCCGGUUGCCACAAUGGCUCGUUUGAAAGAGCUGUGCAUCGCCAGUGCGUUGAAAAUAUAAACAACUCCCACGGAAAGAUUAAACCGUGCGCUAGAAAGUGGAUUAACAGUGACUAUUACACUUGCAACGAACAUUUUCCUAGGCUGAGCUAGGAAGCCAGGCUGCCCACCCUUUUUUGGAGUCUCAGUGGAGCUGUCUAGCCAUCUCGCUCGCGCACGGCUUGGCAAUCGAUAAGCCUAACAGCGGGGCUGCCCACUUGCUGGACGCUGUUAGCUUUGACUGUUAGCAUUAAGCAGCGAGUGAUUGGAGGUAACAAUUUUGAGGCGAGACGCCAAAAUAAUCGCCACUGGAGACAAACGAGUCACAGUCGCAGUUGAAACGUUGAGUGAGGAGCUUUUCGUCGCGCUGUCCCAACCCGCCAUUGUGUAAAAUAUACUAUCGAAACUGAACUGAAUGCUGAAUAUACAAAAAGCUUGUGUUUAAAAAUAAUCGCUCGAACUUUGGCACAAUAACAAGAGCCAUGUUCAUCUGUGCAUGUUAAGUGAUCAAUCUGAAUUUUAGUGGAUUUGGGACGCUGGCCGCAACUCCAAUGAGGCGACACUUUCGCGGGAGGGGAAAGCCAUAAAUGAAAGCUUCUAAUUGCCGGAGAAUGACGAACGUGACAAGGAAUCAGCGCGAGCGAACAAAGGCGAAGCAGACUUUUUAGGCAGCCCGAAAGCAGCCAGCGAAAGCCGCGAAAAUUGAGCCCCCGAAGCUUCGGCGAUGCUGUUGAUGCCCACAUCCUGUGGGCCGGGGCCACCCACCCACCUCGGCCCCCCCUCCUCCUCCUCGCCCACCCACUGCCCAACCCAAGCUGCCCGAGGAGCGGCAGCUGAUGCAGAACCAGUCCGGCGGGCAGGGACCCUGGCCCAAAGGCAAAGUUCGGGGUCGAGCAUUCCCCAGUGGCUGCUCAUCCUCCUCGGGCUCCUCGCCAUUCUCGCCCAGACACCGGGCAGCCAGGUGGCCGCCGAGAAGAGUAAACACUACUACAUGCAAUCGCUGUGCAAGAACCACUUCCUGCAGCAGCUUUAUAGGAAGAUCGAUGGAGCAGUGCUCUGGUCGCAGAAUGAGAGGAAUCUGGACUGCAUCAUCACCUUCCAGACGCACUCGGUGCUGCAGCGCUUCAUGCUCCGCUUCGACAUGCUGCAGCUCGACUGCAACGAUCACCUGCUGGUCUACGAUGGAGCCCACGCCGUUGCCACGCCCAAGAUUGACAUCUCCUGUCGGAACACAAAGAACACCGUCAACGCGCUCCUGACGCGCACGAACUUUGUGACGCUGAAGUACGUGACCGACGGCUGGGGAACGGAUGCGAACGGCUUCAAGUUGGUGAUUACGUCGGUGAAGGAUCCCAAGCACACCUGCAAGGACUUCACCUGCGCCACCCGCGAGUUCUGCAUCCAUCCCGAUCUCCUCUGCGACGGCAUCAACCACUGCGGCGACAACUCCGACGAGUCAGUGCAGAAUCUGUGCCAGAGCGAGACGAGCAGCACGGUUUUCGGCAUGGACAUGACCUGGUUCGUCCUGAUUGUCGUGGGCGUCCUGCUCGUCCUGAGCGCGCUCAUCGUGGCGGUGGCCAUUUGCGUGUGCCGGCGCCAGGACGAGAACGCCGCCAACCAGAACACCGCUCUCCAGGUGCACCACACGGCCGACACGAACGGGUCGUCGAAACAUCUGCACUACCACGGCAUCAGCGUCGGCGGGACCCUGACGCGGGAGCACACCCAGCUGCCGACGUCGGGAAACUGGCAUCACCCUGCGGGACCAUCCGGGUACCACCGCACUCCACACAACUUCUUGAAGAUGGCCACCAAAGUCCGUCCCAUUUGGUGCUUGGCAAAUUCCGUCAAUUAGGUCAAGAUCUUUCGCACAACUCCGCCGGGCUCAGCCAGACGAACAUCGCCGGAGCCGGACAUCCCAAUGCCAACGCCGUCGGCGCUGCGCAGAAGGACGAGUGGUUCGUCUAGGACCGGGCGAGGCA